CACCAAGUCACGUGUUUCGACAAGGUAUUUUUGUGGUCAAUGUCGACGUUGGGAAGGUUUGCCGAUGCUAGAUGCCUUGAGUCGAACGAAUCGCGGUCGUCCACGUCGCAUCGUUGUCCGGAUCAACGUCGAUUUUUAGGGUCGAACAAUCAAAAUCUCAUUAGAGCCCUGGAGUCAUAGCUCUUUGCCCACCUGCCGGCGACAUAGCACAAAGCAUAGAUCGUGGUGAGACAGAGUAUUGGAGUACAAAAACCUGGCCACGUCCUUUGUAAACCUCACUCUGAAUUUUUUUCAAGGACCACUGCAAGAUGUCGGGUAUUCAAUCUACAAACGCCUUACGAAAUGCGGCAAGCCUAGUCCACUUACACGUAUCUGAGAUGGUACCAGUGCCAGAAUACAGCCAUAUCUUGCGAUUGGACUUCAGGAAUCGCGAAGAGCUGUUAACGGACGAACGGCAAAAUGUUGUUCGAAUCUAUAACAAAACAGUUUUUGUCGCAAUCGCUCUACAGGAACGUGAGAAUGGCGUGGAUAUAGAGUGGGACCGACACAUAGAAUAUCUUCAUAUCUCCAGGCCGUUGCGAGCGGAGCCGGGCCAAACGCUGGUUGCCAUCGUUCUGCCUGAUCUCGCUGGGCUACCAGAUAGAGUUUUGACACCGCCUAAAGAACAGAUCGAUAAAAUCGCACAUCAGCCCACAAACGCCACCAAGUCGCUCGAGACUCAUCCACAAAGCCCAAUCCGAUCACAAUUAUCAGGGAAGCCAGUGAGUAAGGAGAAUACUGUGGUACUAUCAGAACUCCAGGAGAUCCACAAAAGUCAAGUUCCGCAAGAAGGAGAUAUCCUUACAGCAUACGGAAAGGGUACGAUCGAUCCAAAGCCUGGUGGUCUGACGAUUGUCCUCAUGCGGUAUGAAAGGAGGAGCCGAGUCGAGCGUCGGGAAAAGUAGAUCCAACAUCGUCUUCAUUGGUAUUUGUGUAGUCAUUAUCCAGAAAGCCUAGGAGGUUCGGUUGAUCAAAGAAUUCCAUGAAGUCUGUGUUUGCCUGUUCGAAAGGAUUGGAAUCAAAACCCAUCGUAGUGCCAUUGUCAGCUUGGACAGGAAGCAUAAACUUCGUGAUGUCACUUGGUGUGAGGUUAAUUUCUAAUGGCGGGCCAAAAUCGACCUCAUCCGGCCGCACUGGUAGGGUAGUAUUGUCGAC